UCAAAAAGUUUUCAGGAAGUCUGGGGGAGGGGCGAUGCUGUUUCUUUUUUGUUAUAAUGGGCCCCUUUGUGGAGAUGGAGGAGGAGAAGAGAUCUGUGUGCCGGCGAGGCGCAGGCUUCCCGGUGACUGCCAAGGUAGCUCGCCAGGGUUCCUAAGAGCGGCGGGGCCCCGCGGUGCGGGGCGAAGGGAGGGGGUGCUGCGGCAUGGAGCUGAUGGUGCUGCUCAAUGCCCUGGUCACUCGCCUGCUCUUCGUGCUGCACUCGCUCAUCGGGGUUUGGAGAGUGACUGCUGUGAAGAAGGAACCCAAGUACUGGCUGCUGGCACUGCUCAAUCUUCUCCUGUGCCUGGAGACAGGGCUCACCCUCAAGUUUAAGCAAGGCAGAGGCUACAAAUGGUUUUCACCAGCAAUAUUUUUAUAUCUGAUUUGCAUAGUACCAUCACUAUGGCUACUAGAAAUUCAUCAUGGGACUCAGUACUGUGGCAAUGAGCCUGGGGCUGUUCAGGUCAAUGUCAGCAAUCAAGACUUCAAUCAAUCCAGAGAGAGCAGUAAUGGAAGUGAGGGAACAGAUCACCACAUCAUUCAGACGGCUAAAGUCUUUGUCAAUCAGCUCUCCACUAUCUGUGAGACUGUAUGGACACUGGCCCUACACCAGACUUUUCUACUGCUACUAGUAGUUGGGAGAUGGCUUCUCCCUAUUGGAGUUGAAAUCACCCGGGAUCAGUUGUCUCAGCUGCUUCUCAUGUUUGUGGGAACAGCAGCAGACAUACUUGAAUUUGCUAGUGAAACCUUGGACAUUGAGGAAGUUCGGAAGAAUUACGCUCUCAUAAAUGCAAUUCUUGCUGUAUGGACCUGGAGUAUGUUACAGUUUCCACUUGAUCUUGCAGUACAGCAUAUUGGCUGCAAAGCAAGCGCAUCGGCCAGGCGGAUCCCCAGCCUGCUGCUGUGCAGGUACAGUGCAGAACUCUGGAACAUUGGCGUCAGCCUUUUCAUACAGGAUGGCCCCUUCUUCAUUGUGCGUUCAAUUCUGAUGGGCCACUUCAGAAUAUUCAAUCAGAUGCUGGUAUUUUUUACAGCUAAGAAUAUCUUAGUUGUGACUCUGCAGUUGUAUCGGCUGGCAGUGAUAACCUUAGACUUCCGCACCACCGUUCUGCAGAAGAGCAGGAAAGGAGAAGUCUGUUGCUGCCCAUGUGAGCCUUAUGAAGCUCGUGCUCAGGCUACUGGUCGCCAAGAGAAAGAAAUGAAAGAGUUUGUUGCUUUUCCUCCAAAAGAGGAAUCCCAAGCUCCAUCAGAAAAUCACUGAGAGUUACUGACUUGGAAGAGGUUGCAUUUCCCACAGCUUCUUCAGAAGGGCUCUGUCGGUUGCUAUGAUCAAAUACAUCUUGAGUGCCUAAGUAAUCUUUUCCAUCAAGAGAACA